AUGUCUGAACACAUCACGAAAAUCACAAUGUGGUUGCUCCACCCGUACCAGCCACUCCCACACCCGCCAAUACUGGCUCCCAUCCCUGAUCAACUCCUUGAACCAGAACUCCCAAAUAGUCCUGGUGGUAGUGCAUCACCUCCACCUACUCAUCGUCAAUCUCAUUCUCCAAUUAACAAUUUCACUGAACCGUUGGGGGCACAAAAAAAAGUUCAUCCACAUUUGACUGCUGUUCCAUGUGAUGAAGAUGGGACUCCACUUGCACCAGGAACUCCACCACCACCUCGUACGAAUUCGGCUGACAAUGACUGGUCUCCCUACAUAGACAAGGUGCAAUUUCGUCUUGCUGAUUUCACUUUUCGUCUCACUGAUUUCACUUUUCACCAAGCAGAGUUAUCUGGUCGCGAUUGUAAUGAAUUACUCGAAAUAUGGGCUCUGGACAAGAUGCAACAUGACGGGCUUGCGGCAUUCACUUCGUCUGAGCACAUGUAUGCUGUGAUUGACUCAACCAAGCAUGGUGACAUGCCCUGGAAGUCUUUCAAGAUAUCAUGGGCAGGGGAACUAACAGCAGACUCACCGACGUGGAAGAGAGAGGAGUACGAAAUUUGUGGGCAUAUAGAAAUCUGUGUGCCACUUGCGGUCACUUGCGGACCACCUGUUCGCAGGUGA